AUGGAACAGUUUGUCCAGCUGAGAGUUAAUGAAAUUCGAAGCCUUAUCUGUUCAUCAUCAUGGCGACAUUGCCCCGGCGUAGAUAAUCCAGCAGACAUCCCAACUCGAAGCAUUAAGUGUUCAGAACUCGGACAGUGUGAACUCUGGCGAAAUGGACCCACAUGGCUAUCAGAAGAAUUGCAACCUAACGACGAAUUGAUAGACGAGCCUUCGCCUUCGGACGAAUGUUUACGAGAGUUGAAGAAGAAGCCACACCAUUCACCAACUGCGCUGAUAACCGAAGCGACAGGUCAAAGUGUAAAGGAAUUAAUUAACAUUGCAACAUUCUCGAAUUACCAUCGGCUUCUAAGAGUUACGGUGUAUGUACUAAGAUUUGUUCGAAAAUUGAAGGCCAACGUGAAGAGAAGAGCUGAUAAAUCCCAAGAAAGGUUGAAGAAUUCUUGGCCGGAAGAGAUAAACGAAGCUGAAACGCUCUGGCUAAAAGAGAUGCAAACAUCACUUCCUGGACAUUUGAGGUAUCAAGAUUGGAGUCGGUAG